UCUGUCAUGUGAUCAGCUGGGUCCAAUCACAGCUGAUCACUGAUGAUCAGUGCCCUGAUGAUCAGUAUUGCCGAUCAAUGCCACCUGUCAGUGCACAUCAGUGCCUACCAGUGCACAUCAAUGCAACAUAUUAGUGCCCAUCUAAGCUGCCUUUCAGUGCCAACUAUCAGUGCCGCCUAUGACUGUUGCCAACUAGUGCCACCUAUCAGUGCACGUCAGUGCUGCCUAUCAGUGCCCAUCAGUGCCACCUAACAGUUCAAGCCAGUGCCGUCUAUCAGUGCCAGUCAGUGCCUCCUAUCAG